AUGCGGCAUACUUUUUUUUCACUCGUCUUUAUCUUUCAAAUUUUUAUUUUAAUAAAGGAGAUUUCAGAGUUGAUUGUUGGUAUUGAAAUCUCUCUCUCUCUCUCUCUCUCUCUCUCUCUCUCUCUCUCUCUCUCUCUAUCUAUCUAUCUAUCUAUCUAUCUAUCUAUCUCUCCUCUCUCUCUCUCUCUCUCUCUCUCUCUCUCUCUCUCUCUCUCUCUCUCUCAUGAGGCAGGGGCCCAACUAUCGACCUUAGUUUAUAUAUCUGUUAAAUUUCUUUCUUUCUUUCUUUCUUUCUUUCUUUCUUUCUUUCUUUCUCAGAUUGUUUAUCUAUCUUUGUCAUCAGAGAAUAUCUAUCUAUCUAUCUAUCUAUCUAUCUAUCUAUCUAUCUAUCUAUCUAUCUAUCUAUCUAUCUAUCUAGUCCAGCCUCUUCUAUAUAUUUCUGUUCAAAUAUUUCUUCCAACCUAUCUAUCUAUCUAUCUAUCUAUCUAUCUAUCUAUCUAUCUAUCUAUCUAUCUAAACCUAUUCAUAUCAUAUAUCAUAUCAUAUCUAUUCAUCUAUCUAUCUUAUCUAUCUAUCUAUCUAUCUAUCUAUCUAUCUAAGCCUAUUCAUAUCAUAUCAUAUCAUAUCAUAUCAUAUCAUAUCAUAUCUAUCUAUCUAUCUAUCUAUCUAUCUAUCUAUCUAUCUAUCUAUCUAGUCCAGCCUCUUCGUAUCUAUCUAGCUAGCUAUUUCUUUAGAGAAGAAACAUUCAAAAAUUUCGGUUUUAUACUACGGACCGUUUAUUCUUUCUAUCUAUCUAUCUAUCUAUCUAUCUAUCUAUCUAUCUCUUUUGUAUAUAAUCUGUAG